UCACUUCACCUCAGUUGGUCUUUGGCAUCGACCAAGUGAACCAGUGUUAUCUGAUAAAGUCUUCUCCAUCCUGUGCUAUAAAUAUUUUAUUUUUUGUCUCACAUUGCUACAUAUUUUGUACCCGUGUGGCUUGAAGAGUUUGUUGCGAACCACACCCCUUCCUCUUGUAUUGUGAUAUUGGGAUGAACAUGGAGAAGGAGAAAAAUAUGGACACUUCGGACACCGACUCCAUGACCACGGUCAAUGUGAAUGUCAAGGAGUACGGAAAUCCCAUGGAUUAUCAGGAACCUCCACCGGCUUAUCGUCAAAGUCAACACUCUACGACGGUCCAAGUGACGAGGAUAAUUGCGUUGGCAGCCGUCAUAAUCGCGGCGAUGUUAUCAAUCGCGAUCGUAUUUUCUGCAUGGAUCCAGAUCUCAUCUUGUCAACAGGGGCAGCAACAGUCUUCACAAGCUAUCCCAGUGCUGGAAGCUCUUUUACAACCGGAGCAUUUGAAGUCCUUGCUUGCCAUUGCACCCACCACGACGGGAGGGUCAGGCGAUCUGGACUUGGCGGAAAGCAAGGUGGACAAUAUCAACAAGGGAGAGACUAACAACAAUCUGAACAAGGACGUAUCUUCCGAGGAGGACAACAGUUCGGAGGGAGGUGACGACGGAGUGACCAUGAUCAAACUUCCGUUGGAGCUGAAUCUUCAGGAACACAUCUUCGAACGGAAUCACAGAUCAUCCCACAUGAAUUGCGUGAUUGAGAAGAAGAAAGCCGAAGAGAUUGUGGACGAGCAGUCCAAACCACUCCCGGCCUUGUUGGGCAUCAACAUGACCACCGAUCCGCGCUACCUCCACUUCACCGGGGAGAAAAUGGCAAUUUCUUGCGACAGUGGAAACGACCACAGACGAAUGCCCCAAGCCCCACAGCCGAAUCCAAGUCAUGCAAGCAAUCCACAACAGCAGCGAUUAAACAUUUUCGCAAGUUCCAAGCAGAGUUCUCCACUCCGAGAUCUUCUCACCUCUGCCCUCGCAGCAGCAGGAUCUGCCCCUGUCCACAUCAUCGGACCAAUUCCAAUGAAUCAAGAGGGACCUCCUUCCGGAGAAUUCCAGAGACAAUCUCACCAAUCUCCACUCCACUUUUUUAAUCAGAUGGAACAGCAAGGCCCACCCCAACACUACCAACAACAACAGCACCACCAAUUUUUUGUCCAACCCCCACAAGACGAACAAGCACAAGAGAGUAACAAUAACUUUGGACCUCUUAGUUCUCUCGGAAUUCCUCCCCAUUUGAUUCCAGUGCUUGUUCCACAUCAAGGAAAUAACAACAACUUGGAUGACUCGUCCAACAACAAUCCUUCAGGUCCAGGACCCAUUUUCUUCCACCCGCAAUCCUCCGAGUUUAGAGAAAGGGCUCUCCCACACCCAGUCCCAAUCAUGCCACGAGCUCAUUUCCAACAUGGCCAAUUUGUGAUUCGUCCACGACGCUCCAUUGACAACGAGGACAAAUCAGAAGAGCCGCAAAGCCAGAAGAGCCACAAAAGAGUGAAACGAUGUGCCUGCGACUGUGCCUGCAAAAAUCAUCAAGACUAAAUUACAAAGAAGAAUUUUAUAUUAUGUAGCAUCAAUUUCAUGGAAUGUUUUAUCUCCAAAUCCUCUUGAACCUACUAUGCCAAGCUAACAUAGGACUAUUUUACUAUGAUUUUUCUGAUCACUGCUACUUAAGAUUGUAAUUAGCAUUUCUUAUAUAUUUCUUACCCGUUAAUAUGAUCGCUACCCCAGUUACCUGAGACCUUAUGAACUAACUAUAUGACUAACUACAUGCAUAAUCGUUCAACGAUAUAUAUAUGCUGUCAUUUGAAUAGUCUAUGAUGGUUACCCUCAAAUCUUUUGGUCUAACUCAACUUCGCAAUCGCAUAGGGAAACUUGUACUAAUUGCUAAUGUUAUUUUAUUUUAUGUCUGGAACAGCUAGAAAGUAUAAAUCUCAAUAAUGUGACCUCCGUGGACACACUUCAUCUUUAAUAACGAGAAAUAAAUUUUAGAAAUAGUUUUUGCAGAUUAUAUGUAAUUUUUCAAGUGGACGCGACUAGUUUAUCUCAUGAUUUUUAAUGUUAUAGCUUAUUUUGUGGUCAUUGUAAUUACGUAUGCCUUCCAACGUAGUGAAUAUGUAGUGUCUAUCAACCAUCCUACCAAUAUAAAUACAGUUUCUGUUCAGUGAUUUAAGUUUUUUGACUGAAAUAAAUGAAUCGUAGUAAUUAAGGUAUCA